GCCCCGUUCAUGCUCUAUCUCUCUCUGUCUCAAAAAUAAAUAAAACGUUUUAAAAAAAAUCUAUAAAAUAUUCUCACUCUCAGGCCACUUCUAGUUCAAUAUCAGAAAAAAUAACUAAAAUGACCCAUAGAUUCUCUCACUCUCAGGCCACCUCUAGUUCAAUAUCAGAAAAAAUAACUAAAAUGACCCAUAGAUUCUUAAGGCCAGCCUUUGUACUUAUCUAAGUGUGUCUCUGCAUUUUGAUUUCCAGAAACAUCCUCCCAAAGACCAGCCAUUAGCUCAGCAAGGCAAUUUAAAUUCUUUUGGGGGCAAGCUAUGGAAGGGUCCGAUAUUUGCAACAAACUAAUGUCAGGAAUGUAAACAUGUUAGGAGGAUUAAAAACUUUCCCAUACUCCAGGGAAAAUGUAGUUAGAUCCAAUUAUAUCAUGUAACUGGUAUAUUCUUGUUGUCAUGCAACUCUAAUAGGCACUGUAUCUCACCAUCUACAUUACCACAGUAUUUGAAGAUUUUAAGACUAAAACAGAAAAAUAGUCUUUAAUAAGUAUUGUUUUUUCUUUUCUCAUCUGAAAACUUCCUAUGAUUAAUAGCAUAAAGCAUCUUCAUUUGUAUUAUAUUUUCAAAUAUCUAAUGUGCUUCCCAGGAUACUACCAUGAAUUAGAAUGUUCUAUUCCCACUCUUCAAUGAGGAAGGAAAUUUAGGUUAAAAGAAUGUAAACAAUUUAAACUGGUAGUUAAAUGUCAAUAAAAAAUUGAAACUGAGCUUUAUUUUUUCUCUAGAUUCAAGUUAGAGUUGAAGCAUAUGGAACAGAAAGUAACCUUUUAUCAAAAACAAUUCCUCUUUGACUUUAAUAACCAAGUCACACAGAUUGUUGAAGAUGACUGGCCAUCAGGGCUCCAUGCAAACACUCCUUAGAAUACCAUCUACAAAAUGAAUUGUUCAGGUAAUUUGUAACAUUUCUUAGCAGUGAAUAUAUUUUAUAUUAAAUCUUCCUGUGAUAUCCUGAAAGCAGAUGACAUGGAUAAAAUUAACCAGACAUUUACAUCAGAAUUUCUUCUUCUGGGAUUCUCCGGUUACCCAAAACUGGAGAUCAUGUACUUUGUUCUAAUUCUAGUAAUGUAUCUAGUGAUUCUAACUGGCAACGGUGUUCUGAUCAUAGCAAGCAUCUUUGAUUCUCGUCUUCACACCCCCAUGUACUUCUUCCUGGGCAACCUGUCUUUCCUGGAUAUCUGCUAUACAUCCUCCUCUGUUCCCUCAACUUUGGUGAGCUUAAUUUCAAAGAAAAGGAACAUUCCCUUCUCUGGAUGUGCAGUGCAGAUGUUCUUUGGGUUUGCAAUGGGGUCAACAGAGUGUUUCCUCCUUGGCAUGAUGGCUUUUGAUCGCUAUGUAGCCAUCUGUAACCCUCUGAGAUACCCCAUCAUCAUGAGCAAGGUGGUGUAUGUACUGAUGGCUUCUGUGUCAUGGCUCUCUGGUGGAAUCAACUCAAUUGUGCAAACAUCUCUUGCCAUGCAGUUGCCUUUCUGUGGGAAUAAUGUUAUCAACCAUUUCACAUGUGAAAUAUUAGCUGUCCUUAAGCUAGCUUGUGCUGAUAUAUCCCUCAAUAUUAUCACCAUGGUGAUAUCAAAUAUGGCAUUCCUGGUUCUUCCACUGAUAGUCAUUUUUUUCUCCUAUAUGUUCAUCCUUUACACCAUCUUGAGAAUGAACUCAGCCACAGGGAGACGCAAAGCCUUUUCCACCUGUUCAGCACAUCUGACUGUGGUGAUCAUAUUUUAUGGUACCAUCUUCUUCAUGUAUGCCAAGCCCAAGUCUCAAGAGUUUCCUGGGGACGACAAGUUGCAAACUUCAGACAAGCUCAUUUCUCUGUUUUAUGGGGUAGUGACCCCCAUGCUAAAUCCUAUAAUCUAUAGCUUGAGGAAUAAGGAUGUAAAAAUUGCUGUAAAAUAUCUGCUAAACCAAAAAGCUAUUCAGUAAGUAUAUCCUACACAGAAAAUGUAGGUCUUUUCAUAACAGGCACAGAGAUGGACUCAUAGGUCAAUUAGUUAAAACCUUUGGAGAAACUAUGGUUAAGGAGAGAUAUUUUUAUUCUUCCCCUUCCCUAGCUUUACUCAGCUAGAAUUACUGAGAACUAUAGUUUGCUUUAAACUCAGCUUCCAAAAUGUCCUGGUCUAGAUUCCACAAGCAUGGUGAAUUCCAUUAGAAUCUCAUCUCUGGUGAUAUCUGGAAUGAGUGUUUCUGGUGUCGUGUGUAGAAACACAGUGGAAAACAUCACACGUAAGCUUUAGAAAUAGGUAAGAGUAAAAAAUCUGCAAUUUCACAAACUACCUAAGUGACAUUGGAUAGACUAUUCUUUGUAAGCCAUAUUUACCUUACCUUGGAAUAAGGAAAUACGUAAAGCCAGGUUUUAGUGUCAUUUAAAGUUUCAAUAACUGGAGAAAGCACCUGGCAUAGCACUACUUCACAGUGUCUAGAAUUUCAGAAUUGAAGCUAAGACUCCAAAUUGAUGACUAAAGGUGACUACUGAGCACCUGUUUUACCAUAUGCUAAUAAUUACAAGAGCCAAAAUCUCCUCCUGGAAGUCACUCUGUUAAUAUCUUUGCCUUUCCCCUUAAAGCUAUAUAAAGCGAAGCUCAGGAGAGAGGAAGAAAUGACUGAGGGAAUUUUCUACCUUAUGGUGAGUCCACAAUGGGUUUUGGGCGACAUUUCACAACAGUCACUGUGAAAGAAUAGCAAAAUUGUUUUCCAAUCCCAAGUUUGGGGAUGCUGCAAAAGAGACCCUUAAGGUUUUGGGUGCCUACAAAGAAAUAGAGUCUGGCUUCCUACUUGAAGAGGGGAGACCUGCAGAGUUCUCUAGGCUGCAGACUAGCCGAGGAGCUGGUCUAGAAAGGAGAGGAAGGUUAGUAUUCUAUGCCAAAUAAAACAGAAAUGUUUCAAAUCUGCCUGAGGUGUUCUUCUGGGCUCAGAAAGAGUGGUAAAAACAAUGAUUAGGAAAAUAAAAUCCAUUCUUUCAUUUUCCAAUGAGUUGAAAUUCUUUAUUAAGUCUAUUAUGUUCUUUUUUUUCUUUUUUCUUUUUCUGUUGAUUCCUUGUCUAGAAGGCCAUUGCCGAGCAUAGAGUAUCUUUGAGCCACACCAUCUGUCUUUUCUGUAAUCUCUUAGCCCAUGUGAUAACUGGGCUUUGACUUUAUUUUCUACUCAACAUUCCUCUUUAUUUUGUUUUGGAGCCACACUGUAACCCCAUAUCUCCUACUUAGAGGCUUCAUUCUUUGCCAUUCCACUUCCUUCGGUUGACCCAGGUUUCUACCUAAAUGAUCUGGUCACUAAAUUCAGCUAUUCUGCCACUGCCCUACCAGGAAUGAAGGGUUGUUACUGUGGAAAAUCUCCAGCUGUUGCUCUCUCUUCUGUGUUGGAACAUCAGUGUUGCUUUUGGUUCUGUUCAGAAAGGCAUGCUCCAGACCCUGUGGGUAAUGCCUUUUGAAUUUCUGGCAUUUCUCCUCCUUUCCCCCACUAGUGGCCCUGCAUUUGUACCUGAUCCUUGUUUAAUUCUCUUUCAGUUUCGAUAUGGGGCAACAAGGUUUAGGCAUGCAGAAAUGUUAUUUGUAUGAUUUUAACCAACUCCUUAGCAGCUUAAUUUUUAGGUUUUUUUUCUCACACAAUAUCAAGGUUGUUAGCAUCUUAUAUGUAGGCUUAUAUCAAGUUGAACCUUUCAUUUAAUAAAAUAUUCCACAGGUACAUAAAAAUGGUACAAAAGGGCUUUUAUAAAAACAAGAAGGAUCAUGUUAAUCAAUGAUCAGAAAAUUAAUAGAUUCAAUAAUACAUUGCCCUCCUUGGAAAAUCAGAAAAUUUCCAAGAAAUUGUUAGGUGUAUUAUUUUCUGAUAAUAAAUAUUUUUAAAUUUAAAAAAAACUAUGUAAAAAUACUUUAAAAAUAUUGUCUAUAUAGCCAUCUCCCAAAGAUAUCAUCUUCAAGAUUUCUCCUAGUCAUUAGGAGUCAUACAUUCACCAUGUUUUUACUUUGAUUUAUCACUUUAAUUUACUAUGAAAGUUUGUUUUUGUUUUGUUUUGUUUUGUGUUGAUGUACAAUACCUAUGGUUUCACAGGUGAAGUUUAAAAGGCAGGUGAUAAAAACUUUUUCCAAUUUCUAGCUCAAUUACUGUCAGAAAGACCAUAUUACCCACCAUUGUAAGAGUUUCCCCCAAUAUGUUUACAGCUCUGUUUACAUGCAUACUUACACAUACAUAUUUAUAUCUUUAUUUAUCUAUAUAUACACAUUUAUAUGUAUUUUUUUCUUUAUGGCAUACUUUUGGAAUUUUUAUUUUCAAGUAUUUAACAAAAGAGUUAGAGUAAUUUAAUAAAAUUCUAUGUACCAAUCACACAACUUAAAUUAUUAUCAAUACAUGGUCAACUUUCUUUCAUCAUUAUCUAUCUUCUUCCUCCAGAUUAUUUUGAAGCAAACCCUGGACAUAAUUACGUUAUUUUAUCUAACUAUAUAAACAUAGAAAAUUUAUGAAUAUAGAGAUCAUUAUCUCCAAGGGAUAAUAAACUAUCAUAUGAACAAUGCCUUCUCCAGUUAACCAGUGGGACAGUGCCAGUGAGGACUGUGAGCCAUGAGAAGGGCACAUGAAUCAUGUAAAAAACAUUAUUUCUCAGGCCAGUGAAUUGUUACCAUGAGAUAACACAGGCUGUGUAUUAACUGAUUUUCUAAAUUUCAAAGGCGGCCAGAUUUUAAAGUUAAACGUUUCAACACUUUCCCAGAGUUGGAUAUUUUGAAGAACACAUGAAGCUUCAGAGUGUAACUCAUGUAUGGCUAAAGCCUCCCUGUUGAGGUAUAGGAUAUGGUGCUGCAGGAGGAAGAAAUUUCCGGCCAAAAAGAAGAGUUCUGAAACUUCAGUUGUACCUCCCUGGCUAAUACUGAGCAAGUGUCUCUUAGAACAUUUCAGUCAGUGUUGGUUUAUACACACAGCACACUGCCAUUAACUGCUUAUUGAGUUUGAGUAUGUAUUUUGUACUCCAAAAGUUGAUUUCCUCAAGAUACUGUAAUACAGAUAGUAGUAACCUUCAAAUAUACUUGAGAGUAUUCCAAAGAGCUUCCCAUAGGCUCCAUUUAUACCAACAAUCAUUUUAUUUUCUUCCCACUUUUUUUUUCAGUUUCAGGUGAAGUUUGGCAUCUUUAUUUUUUUUAUUUUAUUUUUUAUUUUUAAAAAUUUGUAUCCAAA